AAGAUGCCUCGCCCCCCCCUGGCGGUCUCCAUCACAGGUCUCCCCGAAAGUCAAGCCCUCCUCCAGCCCCCUUCACCUUCCCCUUCUCCCCCGCUCCUCUCCCCAUCGUCACCAGCAGCAGCAGCAGCAGCAGCAGCUCCUCCUCCUCCUCCUCCUCCUCCGCCCUCCGCCCUCCGCCGCCGCCGCAUGACCUGGCCGCAGGCCGCGCCCGCCGCCGGAUCCCGCCGCGAUGGAGCUCCUGACGCCCUGCCAGCACCCACACGACCUCUCCAGGGACCGCCUCACCCUGCUCUCGUCGCCGGAUAGCCUCCGUCGCGCGCUGGAGCAGUUGUCCAACACGUCCCGCUCCUCGUCGUUGGAGAUGGCCGCGGCCCCCGAGAGGGUGUACGUGGCGGUCGGCAAGUCGGCGGAGAAGGCGAGGGACUUGAUACUGUGGAGCCUGCGGCGGUUCGCCGGCGCGGAGAUCUGUAUCUUCCACGUUCAUCAGCCUUCGCCGUUGAUUCCGACUCUAUUGGGAAAAUUACCUGCCAGUAGAGCUAGCGUCGAGGUGGUUGCUGCUUAUAGAAGGGAGGAAAGGGAGCAGACAGACAAGCUCUUGCAACAGUACUUGGCCAUCUGCUCUACUACUUCUGAGGUAAGAGCCACUGUUCUCAGCACUGAAGCAGGGCAGGUCCAAAAGGGCAUUGUUGAGAUGGUUAUCAAAUAUGGCAUUAGGAGGCUUGUUAUGGGGGCUGUGCCUGAAAAUUGUAUUAAGGUGAAAAAGAGCUCCAGCAAAGCAAAUUAUGCUGCAAAAAAUGCACCGGGUUUCUGUGAGAUAUCAUUCGUCAACAAGGGUAGACGCAUAUGGACUAGAGAUGCCAAUGGAGGCCCCGUUCCCUUGGACUCAUUAAGUCAACCACAAACAUCUGCAAGAGUAAUAAGUUGUGAAUCAUCGCAAGAAAGUUCGAGACUGUCAGUAUUGAUCAUCCCAGAAAGUCGUUGGUCCACAUCUAGUUCAAGUGGUAGUUGCAGCAAGGUUAUAGACUGGCUUCAUGAUGAAUCAGUUUCUCCACGAGAGGCUUUAACUAGUUCUCCCAGCAGAUCCCGACAUUCUGGCAGUUUAUUUAGUUCUAAAAGUACUAGUGGUUGCUCUGGACGUAUCCAUUCUGAAAUAAGGGUUUCUUUAGAUUCUGAUGCGAGGGGCAAUGAAGAGUUUUUAUAUAGUCAAUUUCAUGAAUUGAGGAUACAAGCUGAGACAAUGAAGGAGGCAGCACUUCAGGAGUCAAUGAAGCGCGAAAAGUUGGAAGCACACACUCUCAAAGUGAUCAGCAAGGUGAAAGUAAGGGAGUCUGCAUAUAAACAUGAAGCUAGACUUAGAAAUCAAGCAGAGGAAGCAUUAAAAACUGCGGCACAGAAGCAAGAGAAGCUCUUGGAAGAAAGAGAAGAGAUAGUCAGAAAGCUGCAGAAGACCAUGAGAAACGUUACUCUUCUCGAAAGUCGUGCUCAAGAAGCUAGCCGUAGGCAUGAUGUAGCAGCUGGAGAUUUACGUGAAAUUGAAGCAUCUAUUGCUACCCUUAGGCAGGAAAAGCAGCAGAUUCAGAGACACAAGGGGGAAGCUGUUGGUUGGCUUGAACGGUGGAAAGGGCAUGGGAGAGCUGGAGCUUCAAGAUGUGUUGGGUUUGUUGGUCGUCUCAAUGAAGAUAUGCCUGGUGUAGCUGAAUUUUCAUUAUCAGAAGUCCAAUCUGCGACAUGUGAUUUCUCUGAAAGUUUCAAAAUUGGGCAGAGUGGAUAUGGUUGUGUAUACAAGGGGGAAAUGCUGGGUAGAACUGUUGCAAUAAAAAAGCUGCAUCCACAUAACAUGCAAGGGCAAUUUGAGUUUCAACGAGAGGUUCAAGCUCUUAGCAAACUACAGCAUCCACAUCUGGUCACCUUGCUUGGUUCAUGCCCAGAAUCCUGGUCUCUUGUGUAUGAGUACCUCCCUAAUGGAAGUCUCCAAGAUUACCUUUUCCGGAAAGGCAACAGUUCCUCCUUAUUAUGGGAUGCUCGAGUUCGAAUCAUUGCUGAGAUCUCGACUGCUCUUUGCUUCUUGCACUCUUCUAAACCUGAAAGGAUUGUUCACGGUGAUCUGAAACCUGAGAACGUCCUUCUUGAUUCUGAUCUUAGCUGCAAGAUAUGUGAUUUCGGGAUUUCUAGGCUUGUAGUGGAGGACACUCUUCGCUGCCCAAGUUUCCGCCGAAUCACAGAGCCAAAGCGUGCUUUUCCUUAUACAGAUCCAGAGUUCUACAGGGAUGGAAACUUGACGCCCAAAUCUGAUGUUUAUUCUUUUGGUCUGAUCAUCCUACAAUUACUCACUGGUGAACCACCUACUGGGUUAGUCCGUGAGGUGCAUAAAGCAAAAUCAUCCAACAAAUUGGAGUCGGUUUUGGAUCAAUCAGCUGGACAAUGGCCGUCGUCUGUAGCACUGCGAUUAGUGGACCUGGGUCUUCAAUGCUGUGAUUCUAACGGUAGGAAUCGACCCAAAUUAACACCUGCGUUUGUGAGGGAAUUGGAGCAGCUGCAUACCUCUGAAGAGCGACCGGUGCCCCCAUUUUACCUGUGCCCCAUCCUUCAGGAAAUAAUGCAUGAUCCUCAGAUUGCGGCGGAUGGUUUCACUUAUGAAGGAGAAGCUAUGCGGGAAUGGUUGGACAACGACCACGAUACAUCGCCAAUGACCAACUUGAAGCUUAGUCAUUUGCAUCUCACUCCCAACCACGCGUUACGGUCGGCAAUUCAAGAGUGGCUCUGCUAUUCCUGAGAUUUUUUUAGAUUUUGCGUAUGGUUGUUAGUUUUCUGUAAUUAUACAGAUUAAUCUAUGUAAGGAGCGGCAAAAAGGCUUUGCCUUGUAUAAUUUAAGGGUGCGUUUGGUAACA